AUGCCCGUUAUCGACCAGAUACAAACUGCUUGUGACAAGGUGGUGAGAGGAAUGAAAUUUUUGAAACGAGGCUUCGAUAUCUUUGCUAUUUCUCAGGGUGCCCUAAUAGCAAGAGGUCUAAUAGAAUUCUGUGAUGGAGUACCUCCUGUCAAGAAUUUGAUUACUCUAGCAGGUCCUCAUGCGGGGAUGUCAUCUAUUCCUUAUUGCCAAAAAAUUUUCUCGAAGUGCUGUCCGAUAGUCGAAAUCUUGUUCGACACUGCUGUUUAUACAGAUGAAGUCCAAAGUUUUACAACUGCUGCCACCUAUUACAAAGUACCAGAGCAAAUUCAGGAGUAUUUGAAGAAUUCUAAAUUCCUUCCAAAGCUCAAUAACGAACCCCAAGACGAGAAGAACGUAGUUUACAAGGAGCGUUUUAGUAGCUUGAACAAAUUGGUGUUGCUCAUGGACGAUAGUUUCUUGAUUCCGAGGGAAACUGCAUGGUUUGGAUACUAUGAGGAUGGGAGCACUGAUCGUAAAGUUGUACCUGCAACAGAGACAAAUCUGUAUAAAGAGGAAUGGAUUGGGUUGAAGAGGUUGAACGAGAGUGGAAAAGUGAUAACUCGGAAAGUGCCAGGAGAUCAUGCUAAUUUACCUGAUGAAAGUAUGAGUAAUUUUGUGGUGCCAUACUUGGUGGAUGAUGCAGCAGACUUGGCCCUAACCUCUGCAAUAACAACAAAACUCAAACUCCACAACAACAAGGCUUAA